UUUAUUUUGUUGUCUCCCUUUCUAUCACGUGAGCCGAAAGUUUUUGAGCGGGCAUUUUUUGAAAGGUAAACAGUUUAUUUAUAUUAUGGUUUUUAUUUUAUAUCUAUUAAAUACGCAUCGUCCUCGCAAAUGACCAUAAAAAAAUCAUCCCAAAAACAUGCUUUUCUUCUUCUCUGUCGACGACAACACUCAAAUUCAGGGGUCUGUGGCGAAGUGGUAUUCCGUACCAUGCAGACGAUUGAUUAUCGAAGGAAACACGUGUUGAUGUUCUGGAAUAUUAUAUUUUGCAGCAGUGAGCUCCCUUUGAUUAAAAACUGCUCUUAUGCAUAGCUUUUGAUAUAGAAAAUAAUUGACGACUCCGGGAUCCUAUUGACGAGUUACUGUUACCACCACUACUAUACUUAUGUUCUUAAUUUUUUCAAUAACAGUAACUAUGAUAUAGAUGUAAAGGCAGUGUUUAGCCAAGAUUCUUUGUUGUUAGAUGUCUAUAUUAUCAUAGCCUUAAACAAACAAACAAAAAACAUUAAAUUUGACAAUUCUUCAGAUACAUAUGUGAUAUACAGAUUCAUGAUAGAGCCGUUUCAAAGUGAUAUAUAAAAUAUAUAAAUAUAAAAAAUAAAAUAUUUGCUAUAAUCAAUUUGUAGACAUGAUGGCCCAAUGCACUGAGACAUCUGAACAGCUCAAACCUAAGCGUGCAGCACGAAGAUGGAAACUAGAAAGUAUGACGGCGGCUUACAGAGCAGUAAAAUCUGGGUCAAUGAAUAUUCACUCAGCUGCUGUAAGGUUUGGAGUUCCCAGAAUGACACUGUCUGAUAGAGUGAAAGGCAAAGUUAAGAUGGACGCGAAAUGGGGUAACAAGACUGCACUUACGGCUGAAGAAGAAAACAGUUUAGUGUCUUAUAUUGAAUACAUGGCCAAAAGGGGGUUUCCGCUAACAAUACCUCUUGUCUCCGGAUUUGCGUGGUGUAUUGUCAAGCAGAGAGGGAAAGGCGACGUAUUCACUAAGUGUGGUCCCACCAAGAGAUGGUGGCAAGGUUUCCAAAAACGCCAUCCACAUCUUCGUUUGCGCAGACCUGAUUCCCUUGAUCGAGGAAGAUCAUCGAUGGGAAAUGUGUACUCCCUUCGCGAAUACUUUGCACUACUUAGGGAUACGCUGGACUACAAUGAUCUUCAUUCAAAACCUCACCUGAUUUUCAACUGCGAUGAGGCAGCCAUUAAUCUUAACAAGUCCGCUGGCCAGAGGGUAGUCGUACCAAAGGACCAGAAGCAUGCUCAUAGUAUCUCCUCAGCAACGAACGAACAUGUAACUGUCCAUUGCUGUGUCAAUGCCGCUGGUGGAACGAUACCUCCGAUGGUAAUAUUUACGAAAACUUACCCUGGAGGCCCAUAUCACAAGAAGGGACCUGUCAAUGCCACAUAUGCUGUGUCAGACACAGGCUUUAUGGAUCAAGAGUUGUACUUUCAAUGGUUCCAGAAAACCUUCCUGAAGUACGUUCCACCCGAACGUCCCCUGCUGCUUAUACAAGAUGGAGCCAGCUCGCACAUGAGUUGUCCUCUCAUUCAAAGCGCCAUAGCAAAUGAUGUCAUCAUCCUUUGUCUUCCCCCGAAGACCACCCACAUUACACAACCUCUUGACGUGGCAGUGUACCGCAAAAUGAAAAUAGAGGCUGCAAAGAUUAUGAGUCAAGCAAAAUUAAUCAAAUCCGACCUCUGGGUAGCAAAAAGGAAUGUGUCGGCCAUGUUCAAGCUUAUCUAUGAAUCGAGCUUUACCAUGCGCAGCAUAACAGAGGGGUUUCGCAAAUGUGGGAUCUAUCCUUUUGACCCGAACGCUAUAGACAAGACCUUGCUGCUUCGUUCGUGUGAUGUGGUAAACGAGGAGGACAUAGAUCUCUCAGUUAGUACUGAUGACGCCAACGUUAAGUCUGAAUCUAUUCCUGGGUGUGUUGGUGACACACCUAUGACAUCAACACCUAAAAGGUUGCCAAGUGGAAGCGAAGACGUAGCAUUUGAUGUUAACAUCUCUACAUGCUCUAGUUCUACAGACAACCAAGGUUUUAUGUUUGAUGACAUCACCUUUGUAGUAGGUGAAGACGGAUCACUGACACUUGCUAGUGUAGAGCCUCAACCAAUCAAUGAUGUUGAAAUGGCUGAUGGUAAUAGUACAGAAUGCCCCCCUGAACUGGCCUUGGCAGCUGUUGAGAUGACACUAACACCAAAGCAAAAGAGGCGUUACCAUGAAUGCUUGAACUUUAAUAUUGAUUUGCCAGAUGACAGAACCUAUCAAAUAUGGAAGGUUUUGAAGGAAAAGGUUGUUGCCCUAGAACCAAUUGAACAAGAAAAUGAAAUACUUUUUGCUAGGAAACUAGAAGGGGUUGUCUCUGAAAGUACAAUUGCCAAGCCAUGUAUACAGCAGAAAUCGCCUCAAGAAACGAUUAAAAUGCACCCACUCGUAAAAGCAGGGCUAAUAUCUGAAGAUCUCGCAAGAUGUUUUGAUCACGCCAACUUUUGA